AUGUCCGCCGGGCCCGGCACCCCGUCCAGUAGCUCCCCUGCUCCUUCCAACGCAUCCUCGUUCAGUCCGUCACAGACUCAGUUGUCUUUGUCUCGCCCGGCAACCCCAGACGUGCCCAAGAGCAAGCGCAUUCCCCGCCCCCCGAACGCGUUCAUGCUCUACCGCUCCCACCUCCUCAAGACCCGCCAGAUCCCGCCGAACGUCGAACAUCGCCAGCAGAACAUCAGCCGCGUCGCGGGCCAGUGCUGGAAUAUGCUUUCGGAUGAGGAGAAGAAGACGUGGCACUCUAAGGCGAAGGAGGUCCUGAGUGCGCACAUGGCCAAGUACCCCGGCUACAAAUUCUCGCCCGAGCGUAAGAACUCGCGGCGUAAGACGCCACAGGACACCGAUGCUCCCGUCCCCACCGGGGACGAGUGGAUCGUUCACCUUCGCAAGACGUAUAUGAAGCUGGAUGGCCCCGCCCCUCAGCCUUCGCGUGACCGCCGCAACAGGUCGCGUCGAGGCGUCGGGACGGACCAGCCUGCUUCCAUCUCCCUCCCUCCUUCUCUUGAGGCGUCUCCCGCGUCGUCCCCGGGCACCGCUCCCAAUCUCUCUGCGCCCGCGUCUGUCUCUUCGUCUCCUGCGAUGCGACCUUUCUCUUCCAGCGACAUGGCGCAGUGGGGGCCGCCGUUCGACAUGCCGCUCUUCCCGGAUGUCCCCCCUCCUCAGCAGCUCCUCGAUCAGUUUGCUCUCCCCACUGGCCAAGCGAGCGCAGUUGACAACGAUGUGGUAUGUUUGCUCUCUCACCAUCCUCAGAGGUAG